GGCCGGCACUAAUAAAGACCGGGACCGAACCGCAGCUGCAGUAACUUCCACCGCAGCUAGAGCUCCGGAUGGUCAACUAGACGUGCAGCUCGGCAGUUCCGUGGACGUUAGCCGCAGCGUUCCCCUCGCCGCAGCCUCCGGAGAGGAGACCGAUCCUCACUUCUCAGAGAAAUGUCCGAUCCAGCUCAGCCGCCCACUGAAGGGGCAGAAGGGGCAGAAGGGACUGCCCCAGGUGGGGGCCCCCCCGGCCCUCCUCCUAAUACGACCAGCAACAGGCGACUACAGCAAACCCAGGCACAAGUAGAGGAGGUGGUGGACAUCAUGCGUGUGAAUGUGGACAAGGUCCUGAAGAGGGACGAGAUCCUGUCGGAGCUAGAUGACCGAGCGGACGCCUUGCAGAUGGGAGCGUCACAAUUUGAGAGCAGUGCUGCCAAGCUCAAGAGGAAGUAUUGGUGGAAAAACUGCAAGAUGAUGAUCAUGCUGGGGGCUAUCUGUGCCAUCAUCGUGGUAGUUAUUGCAAGAUGAAGUUCCAGCUUGAAAGCCUAUCAGUGUCAGCCCACUAGCCCUGGUCAGCGUGUUCAGUGGUUAGAGCACUGGCCUGCACAUCGGAGCGUCAGGGAUUCGAGUGCCUGUUGGGCUCAUACCUGGGUUGCAAGUUUGUUCCCCAGCUCCAGUUGGGGGUGGGAGGCAACCCCAAUCUCUUCUCUCCUCCUUGCUCUCACCCCUCCUUUCCACUCUAUACAAGUCAAUGGAAAAAGUAUUUUCACUCCUCGGGUGAGGAAAACAGAAAAGUGUCAGCCCACUAAUAGUAGUGGAGGGUUUGAGGUUCUGGUGUAAUUAGGCUGCCUGUUUUCCCCCAUCUCACCCUUUACCAUUUACUAAGUAGGUGACCUCGGGCAAAUUACUUAACAACUGUGAGGGCCAGUUCACUCAUUAAUGGGAGUCAUGCUAAGACCUGUGAUCAUACAUCUCAGUGCUUAGUAUAGUGCUUAAUUUAUGUAAAUGCUCAGUAAAUACAAUUACUUCUCAAGCUUUAGGCCACUUCCCAGAUUUCCCACACACUCUUGGUUCUAGCUGUGCAGUUCCUGAGUCCUCUUUAGGCUGCUUCCUACUUGGCCUUCACACAUGCCGUUCUGUCUGUCUUGGUGUUUCCUUGUCCCUCGAGCUAGCUAACUUGGUUAUCUUCCCUGGUCACCUUCCCUGCCUGCCUAGUCGGUCCCUCCAAGUGGACUAAGCUCCUUGGGGGCAGGAUCAGAAGUUACCCAGCCUUCAUCUCCAGCACACCACCUGCUGCCCUGGCACCUGGCGUGCUGGUCUCAGGAUGUGUGGUGGCAGCUAUGGAGGCUGCUGCCCUGGAAAGAAGCUGAGACUGUGAAUGAACAUAGUGUAGUGGGAAGCAGAACGAGACCAAAGAUGAGCUGGAGGCAGGAGAGCCACAAGCCCAGGGUAGAGGUGGGAGAGGAGGGUACCUGGUGGGGCAGCCCAGGCACUGGUCACAAUGGGCUCAUCCAGGGAGAUGUGGGCGACCUGACAGGUGUAAGUGGCACCAGCAGAGCCAGGUUCUGCCGUCAGGGAGGAGGAGAUGCUGUAGGUGCCCUCUGGGCUUUGCCGGAGGCUGGAGAAGGAGGUAUCAGAGACUGGGACCGGGGCUCCACCCAGUUCCUCUCGGGUCCAUGUCACAGUCACGUCCGGAGGAUAAUAGCCAGCAAUGUUGCAGAUGAGAGUGGGUGGCAGAGCUUCACUUGCCAAGCCCAGUCGUACUUUGGGAGAAGCUGGAAGAGAGAAUAAGAUUCCAGAGGGGUCAGUGGGACAACGGAGAAGACUAAAGCCUUCUCUUCCUGCCGAGAGUGAGCUAGGAUGUGGAGGCUGAAGCUUCAUCCUCAGUGGAGUGCCAAGGGCGGUGAGGAGUCCACCCUGGGUGCAGGCCAUAAAGGGGUACAUCUUCCACAGGUAGUUGAAAGACAGUAGUAAAACCAACUAGCGACGGGCUUGCUUCUCAUCACCAUAAGUGAUGAGAAGCAAGUGACUUUAAGGGUAUCAGUGAGGAAACCCUCUUCUCCACCAGGACCACUCCCACUGCGCCUCCUUGGUUUGCUGCUGCUCCUUUAGGGUGUGUGAUUGGAGGCAGCCGGCCAGGGCAGGGCAACCGGAUCCUGGUCUGGGAGGUUUUCUCAGUGGGCUUACCCAAAGUGUGACAGAAGACAAUCUGAUGCCAUCUGCACCUCUAGAGUGGAGAUGGCAUUUAGGUUGUGGGAAUGCAGUCUGCCUCUCAGGAAAUUUGGACUCCACUUUGGAAAACACUCCCAAUAAGCCUAUCCCUUCCCCUCUCCCCCAGAGAAGCGAGUUCUGGCCUCACCUUGGACGUGGAGCUGGAUGAUUUGUUGAGCUUGGUACAGAGAGGUGGUGACCUGGCAAAUGUAGGCCCCCUCGUCCUUCAGAGUGAGGCUGGGUAGCUUGAGCGAGGCGUCCCCGGCCAGGAGGAGCUGCUCGGGCUCCAGGGUAGCGCCCUCUCGCCUGGCGUGGCCCUGCCCUGCGGUCCAGCUGUACACCAGCUGGCCACUGCCUUUGUGCUGCAGCCGCCACUCCACUCUGGCGAGGUCCCAGCCCGGAGCCAUGGAGAAGCCACAGUGCAGGGAGGCUGAGGACCCCCGCUGGAGACUCAGGGACGGGGUCUGUGUUGACACCUGGAACUCCACUGUGAUGAGAGAGAGAGAGAGGGCGAUGAGUUCAGCUUCCUCUUGAGACCACCUGACCUGAGCUGUGGGCAUGUGGGUACACAUCUGCCCCUGCCUCCUUUCUUGGACAGUGAGGGCAGUUGGGCUCAUUUCCCAGACAGGUGGAACCACAAA